AAUUUCAAUUUCCUUCUUCCUCAAACAAGCUGGAGAUAUGUAUUAGGUCUAAAGAGGUUUCUAGACUCGGCAAAGCUUCCCUAUAACGCCUGCUCAAUUUUUAUGCAUUGUUAUAGACAUCGCUAAUUCAUUUGCCUAGGGCUAGGGUUAGGGUUAGGGUUAGGGUUUAUUGGAGCAGGGAAAUCAAGAAUCAUCAAUGGAGGAGAUAACGGAGGGAGUGAACAACAUCAACAUUACCGGAGGAGGCGGCGGCGGCGACCUUCAGAAGAAAAAUCGCAUUCAGGUCUCCAACACCAAGAAGCCCCUGUUCUUCUAUGUCAAUCUUGCUAAGAGGUAUAUGCAGCAGCACAAUGAGGUGGAGCUUUCUGCUCUUGGAAUGGCAAUUGCAACGGUAGUCUCAGUAGCAGAAAUUCUUAAGAACAAUGGACUGGCAGUUGAGAAGAAGAUUAUGACAUCAACUGUUGAUGUCAAAGAUGAUUCAAGAGGGCGGCCAAUCUCAAAAGCCAAAAUUGAGAUAGUACUGGGAAAGACUGAUAAAUUUGAUGAAAUAAUGGCAACAGCUGCUGAGGACCAUGGAAAUGGUCAAGAGGAGAGUUGAUGACCACUUCCGCUUUGUCUUUUUUUUUUUUCGUCUUGGUUUUUAUGUAUGCUUGAUUAGAUUAAGUUUAGUGUUUGGCAUUUAUUGUUUUAAUUGGAUAAAAAAAAAAUUAGAACAUUCAGGUCCCUAGUUUGGCUCCUGUGAGAAAGGAAACUUAUCUUGUCAAAGCUAUUGGUAGUGAACUUGAAAAGCAAGUGAUACUUAUAUCUAUCUCAGAGUUUUCUUUUAAAUUAAUUGUUUUUUGGCAUUUCA